GCAACCCGGGACCGAGCGAAGUCCUACCGGAACCUCGUAGAAAGCCGUUUCUAGGCACCUUGGAAAAACAUGCGGCAUGUUAUCUUGGUUUAAGACUAACGCCCUAAUGCAGCAGCAGAGGCUAAGAAGAUUAAUGGCCAGAUCUAAUGAUCACAUGGUCUUCUAAAGAAGCAAUGGGUAGCUGUUGUAGCUGUCCAGAUAAAGAAACUAUCCCAGAUAACCAACAAAACAGAUUUAAGGUUAUUAACGUUGAUGAUGAUGGUAAUGAGCUUGGCUCUGGCAUAAUGGAAUUGAGAGAAAAUGAACUCAUCUUAUACACUCGCAAGAGAGAUUCUGUCAAGUGGCCUUACCUCUGCUUGCGACGCUAUGGAUACGAUUCAAACCUUUUUUCUUUUGAAAGUGGACGAAGGUGUCAGACUGGACAAGGAAUAUUUGCUUUUAAGUGUGCCCGCGCAGAAGAGCUCUUCAAUAUGCUUCAAGAGAUCAUGCAAAAUAAUAGCAUUAGUGUUGUAGAGGAGCCUGUAGUUGAACGAAAUCCCCAGACCGAGUUGGAUGUUCCAAGAACCCCUCGCACACCCACUACCCCUGGCUUUAGUGGAUCAGGUGUUCCAAAUGGAUACCCCCGCUACCCAUCCUUUGGCGAAGCAUCAUCACGCCCAUCAAGCAGGCAUCCCUCUGUGGGUAGCACACGCCUUCCUUCAGUUGGUGAAGAAUCUACGCACCCAUUGCUUGUCCCAGAAGAUCAUGUGCAUACAUAUGUUAACACUUCUGGAGUACCGGAAGAUCAGAAAUCGAGGCCAAAUGCUCCACCUGCUCAGGAGGUUCGUGUUUCCAACCCUGAAGGAAUCGAUAGUGACGCUGAACCUGCUGUUCCUGAGAGGGAUCCACAGGUUAUUCUUGAGCCAGAUGGAGUGAAGUUUGUUUUAGGACCAACACCUGUUCAGAGACAGUUACUGGAGAAAAAUAAACUGGAGAAACUUGAUCAACACCAAGCUAGUGUAAACAACGAUGGAAGCAGUUGUCCAAAUAAUACAGAAUUGGACACUGGUUAUGACAGCGAUGAGCGCAGAGAAAUUUCCAGCAAUAAAAUGGUGUACGAGAAUUUGAAUGGAUUGUCCAUUUCAUCAUCUGGGCUGCGAAGGGGACGGGUGGUACCGCCCAUUUCCACCGAUAUCCAAAAUGUAAAUAACUCUGCACAGAGGAGAACUGCCUUGAUAAACUAUGAAAAUUUACCAUCCCUUCCUCCAGUCUGGGAAACACGGAAACCCAGCAGGGAGGAAGAUGACUCGCUAGGACCAAAGACUCCAUCCUUAAAUGGUUUUCAUAGUAACUUAGACCCAAUGCAUAAUUACGUGAACACUGAAAAUGUAACUGUUCCAUUGAGUGCUCACAAAGUAGAGUUUUCUAGACGUCGGGACUGCUCACCAACAGUCUUCAAUUUUGAUAUAAGGCGCCCUAGUCUGGAACAAAGGCAGCUUAAUUACAUACAGGUCGAUUUGGAAGGUGGCAGUGACUCUGAUAAUCCCCAGACUCCAAAAACGCCGACCACUCCACUCCCACAAACACCUACGAGACGUACGGAGCUAUAUGCUGUGAUAGAUAUCGAAAGGACUGCUGCCAUGUCAAACUUACAAAAAGCACUGCCGCGAGAUGAUGGUACGUCUAGAAAGACCAGGCAUAAUAGUACUGACCUACCCAUGUGAGCCUCAAGCACACGACUUCAUUUUGCACCUUUGAGAUAUUUCUUUUAAAAAAAUCCCAUCUUAUACACUAACACUUUUAUAGACUUAAAUUUACAUGUGCCUUUGUCUAAAGGGAAUUGAUGUAGAGCAGGUACUCCUAAAAUAAUUUUAUCACUACAGUAGUGAUAUGUACUGUAUAACUGCAUAGCUGCAUUUUUGUGCCUAUUUAAUUGAAUAGACUUGCAGUGGUAUGCCAGUUUUAAAGUUAUCAAAAGAAGACACUUGCCUUUAAUUAUUUACAUCUAGACUGUUGCCAUUUAAAGCUGCAGAUGCAUUUUAAUUUUGUGGAUGUAUGCAGUAUGAAUGUGUUAAAUAUAUACAGUAUGUAUUUUUAUACUAACAUUUUUUUUAUAAUGCAAGAUAUUUGCCAAAUAUUCUCACCAGCAUUUUGCAUUGUGGACAUUGGUAUAAGUGUACAUUUGCUUUUGACCAUGUAUUAAAAAGUGCUCUAUUACAGCCGUGCAACAUACUGCAUUCAGGCAAGCGUGUUGCUUUUGCACGCAAAGCACUAUUCAAGCUAUGUUCCCAAAAUGUCCUCCUGCAUCAAAAAGUCCAUUGCAGGAAUUGGGGUGCAAAGGAUUCUAGAUUUUACAUUUUUACAUGUUGGGGGGGGGGGGGUGAUGUGAGUUACAUUAUGCCUGGGCUGCAUUUAUUAAAUGCAGAUAUUUACAGUUGUAUAAAGGCCAAACACUAUUUCUUUUCUGUUAUCCCAUUGUAUUAUAUUAUAAGAUUACUGUAUGUUCUACUUUAAACUGCAAAGUGUUUAAUUUUUUUUCCUACAUAAAAGUAUAUAAAUAGCAACUUUUGUAUAAAGGUAGUGUAGGCAAUAUUUGAGUUUCCUUUUUUAAUAAUGAAAAAGGCAAUGUGCAUUGCCAAAUGUUAUAUGACAACUUUUCUAAAGCAGUCUGUUAGGUUAAUAUCUGCACUAAACAUUCCAUGAUGCCAUGUUACUAUUGAGCCCUGCAGGGGUGACAGUUCAUAGGCAACGCAAUGUAGAGCAGUGGGUUGCUGGAAACAUUGCACUGCAGGGCUCAGCAUAAAACAUACUAUGCAGAAACAUUAUCUACAUUAAAUGUUCUUGAUUUGAACACUAGCCUUUAAUUUAAUGUGUUUGGUUUGCAUUUUCAGAUAUUGACAUUGCCUACCAGAUGUUCAUUUAAAAUACUCAUUAUAUAUAAAUAUAUUUUGAUAUUGACAAUAUUGUCACUUCGUUGGUGCCAACAUCAUUUUUGUAGCAUGGCAAUAAAAUACUGAUUUACACAA